AUGGAAUACGUUCCCAUAGUGCUAGAUUGGUUCCUUUAUAGAUUAAUAGAUGAUUCUACUGAGGACAACGUGACAAGGAAUUGCGAAUCUGAACAGGGUCCAUGUUCAUGCGCAAAGGGAUAUCAAGGAAACCCCUAUCUUAGUGGUCGAUGUCAAGACAUCAACGAAUGUGACGAGGAUCCAGAUAUAUGUCGUUCUGGCAUUUGUUCCAAUCUUAAUGGAACCUAUGAAUGCUUCAAGCCACAUCCUGAUCGACCAUUGAAGCCGAUUAAACUGGGAAUUAUAGUUCUCUGCUGUGUUUUCGGAUUGUUGUUUCAAAUUGGCGGAGCAUGGUGGUUGCGCAAGGUCAUAAAGAAGAGGAAAAACAUAAUGCGGAAGAAAAGGAAUUUUAGACUGAAUGGUGGUUUAUUGUUGAAGCAACAAUUGUCAUCUGGUGAAGCCAAUGUUGAGAAGAUUAAACUGUUCGAUGAAAAGGAGUUGGAUAAAGCCACAGAUCGGUUUAAUGCAGACAGAAUACUCGGUGAAGGAGGCCAAGGUACAGUUUAUAAAGGAAUGUUGAAAGAUGGAAGAAUUGUUGCUGUCAAAAAGUCAAAAAUCGUAGAUGGAGGUGAUGUGAGUCAAUUCAUCAAUGAAAUCGUCAUUCUUUCACAAAUUAAUCACAGGAAUGUGGUUAAGAUCUUGGGAUGUUGCUUAGAGAGUGAAGUUCCCCUAUUGGUCUAUGAAUUUCUACCCAAUGGAACCCUUUCUCAAUACAUUCACAGUCGUGAUGAUGACUUCCCUCUUACAUGGGAAGUGCGAUUGCGAGUUGCUAUCGAAGUUGUCGGAGCCCUUUCCUACUUGCAUUCAUCUGCUUCAAUGCCCAUCUACCAUCGAGACAUUAAGUCUUCGAACAUAUUGUUGGAUGAGAGGCAUAGAGCAAAAGUUGCAGAUUUUGGAACGUCAAGAUCUGUCUCCAUUGACCAAACACAUCUCACCAUGACACACGUAAAUGGAACAUUUGGUUAUUUGGACCCUGAGUACUUCCAGUCAAGCCAAUUUACAGACAAGAGUGACGUUUAUAGCUUCGGAGUAGUCCUUGCCGAGCUCUUGACUGGACAAAAACCAGUUUCUGUAACAAGGUCACAGGAAGGGAGACAAGAUGGGAGAAGCCUAGCAACUUAUUUCAUGGUUUCCAUGGAGGAGAAUAGCUUGUUUGAUAUACUUGAUGCUGAAGUUAUGAAGGGUGGUAAGAAAGAGGAGAUAAUGGCGGUUGCUAAUCUUGCUAAACGUUGCUUGAAUAUGAAAGGAAAGAAGCGCCCUACUAUGAAAGAUAUAGCAGUUGAGUUGGAGGGAAUUAUCAUGUCAAGUAAAUCUUCUGAUGACGUCCAACAUAUUGCAAGAGGUGAAUAUCUCCGGACAGAAUUUGUCGAGGCUUGGGAUGUUAUUUCCACAUCGACAGGGUCUCAUUUGGACACUGGUUCAUCAUUAGAUGUAAACCCACUAUUUUCUUUCACGUCGCACUGA